GGAAGUUAGGUAAAUCGGAUGCAAUCUAGCAGCACCAGUCCUUCCUUCCUUCCUUUCUGGGAAGAAGACCCGUCUGUUUGACUGUACUUCCGUUUUGACUCGCUUCACUUCCUUCCCCCAGCCUCUCACUUGCAGCGACAGCAGCACUGUUCUCGAUCACCGCCAUGGCUUCGAAGCUCGGAGCAGCCGCCACGGCGCUAGCAAUCGCGGCCGUCGUCCUGGGUCUGAACCCGCCGACGACCCAUCACCUCCUCCAUCCGCCUCCCGUCCCGGGAGCCCAAGACCGCCUCCACGCUUCCAGGGUGGUGCCGGUCACCGGGGCUUUCGGGCCCGAGAGCCUCGCCUUCGACCCGAGCGGCGGGGGCCCGUACACCGGCGUCGCCGACGGCCGGGUCCUGAAGUGGGAGGGGGACGAGCGCGGGUGGGUCGACUUCGCUUUCACUUCCUCUCAGAGGGAUGAAUGCAUUCGCCCAUUUGCACCGGAGUUGGAGCAUGUUUGUGGGAGGCCUCUAGGACUCCGGUUUGAUAAGAAAACUGGAGAUCUCUAUAUUGCGGAUGCAUACUUCGGGCUUAUGGUGGUGGGUCCAGAUGGUGGUUUGGCCACUCUAGUGGCUAAUGAAGCUGAAGGCGAACCCUUACGGUUCACCAAUGAUAUGGAUAUCGAUGAGAGUGAAGACGUGAUUUACUUCACAGACUCGAGCACAACUUUCCACAGAAGGCAAUUCAUGAAUUCAUGUCUAAGUGGAGACAAAUCUGGCCGGUUGAUGAAAUAUGAUAAGUCGAGCAAGGAACUAAAAGUCCUUUUGCAAGGAAUUGCUUUUGCCAAUGGAGUAGCGUUGAGCGAAGAGGGUUUGUUUCUGCUGGUGGCGGAAACUGCUACUUGCCGAAUCUUGAGGCUUUGGCUUAAGGGCCCUAAUGCAGGAAAGUUUGACGUCUUUGCUGAGUUGCCCGGUUACCCAGACAAUGUCAGGAGGAACUCCAGAGGCGAGUUCUGGGUCGGCUUGCAUGCCAAGAAAGGACCGAUCGGGAGGUUCCUUCUUUCCAAUCCUCUCAUUGGGAAUUUCGCUCUAAGGCUGCCGAUCAGCUUCCAACAGCUGCACUCGUUGUUUGUGGGAGGGAAAGCUGAUGCCAUCGCUGUCAAGCUGGGCAAGGAGGGAGAAAUUCUGGAAGUAGUGGAGGACACGGAGGGGAAGACCUUGCAGUUCAUCAGUGAAGUUGAAGAGAGGGAUAAUAAGUUGUGGAUCGGGUCGGUGAUGAGGCCUUAUAUCGGCAUUUAUGAUUUGAAUUGAGCUACGUAUUCUCUUGAGUUGUGAAAUUGAUGGGUGUCAUGAUCUCAUCCAUCUGAAGCUGUCUUCCGUGCGCAUAAUCUGAUUGUACUGCAUUUCGUUGUCGAUUCAGCCGAGAAACAGAGAGGGAUUCGUUUGUUUCUCCUUCUCUAUUGAUUUACCCUUGUCGAAGUCGGUUUGUCGCAUUGUCUGUAAUAGUUUAAUAAAUCGAGCUCCUAGUUAAAUUUGCAA